AUGGACGCUGAUCACGCCAAGGCUGUCAUUGCCGACCUGGGUCUCGCCCCUGACACUAUCGACAACACCGACCUUACCCAGGCCCUUCUUGUCAUCCAUGCUGCGGUCGGCACGCCCGAGUCUGAGGAGGCUCGCAAGCUGCUCGGCGAGGUGGCCAAGGCGGCCAAGAAGAUGGUGGCCGAUGAGCACCUGGUGUUCCUCGCGCAGUACGUGGCCGACGAGCGAAUCCGCAAGUCGCAGUUCAAGGCCGCAACCAAGUGGCUGAAGAAGGCCAAGGAGAUGCCCGUCGAUGAACUCGACGUGGCCGACUUUGAGCAGACGACCGGCGUGGGCGUCUCGUACACCGACGACGAGAUUGCGGCGGCGGUGGCCAAGACCCUCGCCGACAACGCCGACGACCUCGCCAAGCUCCGCUACCAGAUCAAGGCGACCAAGCUCAAGGGCCAGGUCAUGCGCUCGCUGCCUUUCGUGGAUAGCGAUGCAGUCGAGACUAUUCUCCAGGCCAAGAUGGCCGAGGCGCUCGGCCCGAUGACCGAGGCCGACAUCGCGGCGGCGGCCAGCGGCAAGAAGGGCGGCAAGAAGGGCGGCAAGAAGGGCGGCAAGGCUGGUGGCAAGGCUGGCGGCAAGGCCGGUGGCAAGGCCGGUGGCAAGGCCGGUGGCAAGGCCGGCGCGUCGGCGCCCGACGGUACUGACGCUGCGCCGGCCAAGUCGGUCCGCACGCUCCCUGUCACGCUCGACGACCCGGCGACGCUGCCAGACGCGCCGGUGACGCUCAAGUACUCGCAGCGGACGUCGGUGCGGCACGUGCUCUCGGCCGGGCUCAAGUGGUCCGGCGCGCCGGUCACGGUCGCCGGCUGGGUCCGCACCAUCCGCAAGCAGACGACCAUGGCGUUUGUGGAGCUUGUCGACGGUUCCACCAUCAAGGGCCUGCAGGUCAUUGUGGAGGAGGACAAGAUCGGGUUCGCUGAGCUUCAGGCGGCGGCGACGGGUGCGUCGCUCAAGGUCGUCGGCACCAUUGUCGAGUCGCCCGGUAAGAACCAGGCGGUGGAGAUCAAGGCGACGACGGUGGAGAUUCUCGGCGAGUGCUCCCCCGACGAGUACCCGCUGGCCAAGUCGCGAAUCAAGCUUGAGACCAUGUGGCCGCUGGCGCACCUGCGUGUGCGGACCAAGGUGGUCGGCGCCGCCGCGCGCGUCCGCAACGUCCUCGCCAUGGCCACCCACGAGUUCUUCCAGGGCAUCGGCUGUCAGUACGUCCACACGCCACUCAUCACGGCGUCCGACUGCGAGGGCGCCGGUGAAAUGUUCCGCGUUACCACGCUCCUCAAGGAGGAUGGCUUGGUCUCGGAGAUUCCGGCCACCGACGACGGCCACGUCGACUACGCGCAGGACUUUUUCUCCAAGCCGGCCAUGCUCACCGUCUCGGGCCAGCUCAACGUCGAGACGUACUGCGCCGGCCUCUCGUCGGUCUACACCUUUGGCCCGACCUUCCGCGCCGAGAACUCGCACACCUCGCGCCACCUUGCCGAGUUCUGGAUGAUCGAGCCCGAGCUUGCCUUUGCUGACAUCCACGACAACAUGGCGUGCGCCGAGGACUACCUCAAGCACUGCGUCUCGACCGUCAUGGCCAAGUGCUCCGAGGAGAUCAACGUGUUUGACCAGUACGUGGCGCCGGGCCUCAUCGACCGCCUUUACAACAUUGUCGAGUCGGACUUUACCCGCAUCACCUACACUGAGGCCAUCCGCGUCCUCGAGGCUGCCAUCGCCGCCGGCGACGUCUCGUUCGAGAAAAAGGUCGAGUGGGGCAUCGACCUUGCCUCGGAGCAUGAGCGCUACCUCUGCGAGCAGGUCUACAACAUGCCGACCAUCGUCUACAACUACCCUAAGGACAUCAAGGCCUUCUACAUGCGCCUCAACGACGACCCCGAGGCUCCCGCGCCUACCGUCGCCGCCAUGGACGUCCUCUGCCCGCUCGUCGGCGAGCUGAUGGGCGGCUCGCAGCGUGAAGAGCGCUACGACGUCCUCGUCGAGCGCCUCAAGGAGGACAACAUGCCGCUCGAGCCCUACUGGUGGUACCUCGACCUCCGCAAGUUUGGUUCGGUCGUCCACUCGGGCUUUGGCGUCGGCUUUGAGCGCCUCGUCCUCCUCUGCACCGGCCUUGGCAACAUCCGCGACGUCAUCCCCUUCCCCAGAUAUCCUGGUGAGGCACUGUUCUAG